CUGGUUCUCGAGAAGAAGCCCGAUGUCGCCGCCCCUGCCGACGGCCUCGCUCUCCAGUCUCCGGCUCCGAUGGUGAAGCCCAGAGACCUGACUGCCAGAAACUGCGAUUGCGAUAGACCGAACACCGAGAAGCCGUACAUCUUCACCCGAUGUGGCCAUUCGGCUUGCCAGUCUUGCGUCGACAACCGUGGUACUUGCUGCGGCAAGAUGCAGAAUCUUCAACUCAACUACCAGGCCGGCGAGUCAACUUGCCAGGUGUGCCUGGAUGACACGGUCAGCAGCUGGUGUGUUCUCGUCUGUGGACACAGAACGUGCAAGGAUUGCUUCAACAGCAUCGCUAAAGACAGCCGUCUUCGCAAAUGCCCGACUUGCAGAAGAGUUUUCCAGGUUGGAUACAUCACUGCGCCCGAUGCGUAA